AUGAGUAAUAACGAACGGCAAAGAGACGGUUACGAACGUUUAACAAACGAUUUCGAGCGGUUCCUAAAUCAACAACGGACGGUUCAGGAACGGUUGUCAGAUAGCUAUCGAACGAUGCAGGAUCGUUAUCAAACAACUCGGGAACGAUUGUCGGAUGGUUAUCGAACAGCUGUAAAUCAGAAAAUACUUAAAAAACACGACAUUAAUCAUUAUUCCUCGUACUCGGUAAUGAAGGCAUCGGUCGUCGAACAGUUUAACCGUACGCUGAAAAACGACAUGUGGAAAAUGUUUACGCUCAACGGCAAUUACAAGUGGAUUGACUUGUUACCGGAGCUCGUGUCGAAUUACAAUACUCGGAAACACCAAACGAUUGGUAUGCGACCCAUCGACGUAACCCCCGCUGUGGCCGAAAGACUCUUGGAUACGGUGUACAGUUCGAUAAAGAUUGCAGGUCCGGCGAAAUUUAAAGUCGGUGACUCUGUACGCGUGAGUAAAUUCAAGACGGUCUUUGAAAAGAGUUACACGCCGAAUUGGACAACCGAGGUGUUUAAAAUUAUUAAAGUACAACGUACCAAUCCCGUAACUUAUCUACUCGAGGAUUAUCGCGGAACAUCUAUAGCUGGAGCGUUCUACGAGCACGAGUUGCGUCGCGCAACUCACCCUGACGUAUUUCUCGUGGAGAAAGUAUUGCGCAGGAAGGGAGACAAGGUCUAUGUAAAGUGGUUGGGAUUCGAUGGAUCACACAAUUCGUGGAUACACAAAGACAAUGUUAUUUAA